GAUUGCCAGCAUCGCUGAGGCCAUCAGGCAUUUUGAGUUCCGUUUUUGAUGUGGUGCGUGCGUUCAUCGACCAUGUGUCUGUCCAACAAGAAAUAACAGUAAUAUAAAAUCAGUGGUGGCCUUUAUCUCAGCAAUGAAGCGACAAAAAGAAGACAGGCCAAAAGGAGCGAAAGAGAUUGAGACAUGCGAUUGGAAACGGUGGCGCCUAGAAAAGAAACUUCAGCGCCAGAAGUGGAAAGAAGAGAGGACACUGAAGAAAUUAGAAAAGAAGAAUAAAACUCACACAUCCGUGGACGGGCAGAAAGCAAGUCAGGAUGACAGCCAGCCAGUGGGACGUAAAUACACGCUAAGCAUAGCGGUGCCCGGUUCAAUCAUGGAAAACGCCCAGAACGCCGAGUUGCGGACAUACCUGGCUGGUCAGAUCGCAAGAGCAGCCGUCGUGUUCUGUGUGGACGAGAUUGUUGUCUACGAUGACUAUGGCUCAACAACUAGUAAGACGAGCAGCACUACAGAAGGCGAGUUCUCGGGGGUCUCCGAGCGUGGCCAGGGGGCCCUGCAGCUGGCGCGAGUGUUGCAGUACCUCGAGUGCCCCCAGUACCUGCGCAGGCAUCUGUUCCCCAUCCACCGGGACCUGCAGUUUGCCGGGCUGCUCAACCCGCUCGACUGCCCCCACCACCUGAGGGCCUCUGAGGAGUGCCCGUACCGCGAGGGUGUGGUGGCCAGGCUCCCCGUCAAGGAGGGCAGCGGCUCCUUCGUCAACUGCGGGCUCGAGAAGGAGGUGAAGAUAGACCGCUGCCUCCAGCCUGGGGUGCGGGUGACGGUCAAAAUGGCACCGGAGGAGCCCGGUCGCAAGCGCAGGGGCCAGGCGGUGUCCCCAUCUUGCCCGCGUACCGAGGGGGGCCUCUACUGGGGCUACGAGGUGCGCCUGGCACGCAGCCUCGGGGCGGUGCUGGCCGAGGCCCCACAUCCGGGGGGCUACGACCUCACCCUGGGCACCUCAGAGCGGGGGGACCCCGUGGACGCACUGGAGUUGCCGAGCAGGUUCAAGCAUGCCAUUGUUGUGUUUGGAGGCUUGAAAGGCCUGGAGGCUGCCCUGGAGUCUGACGAGGCUCUCGACGUAGAGGACCCUGCCUUCCUCUUCAGCCACUACCUCAACACCUGCCCUGCCCAAGGAUCCCGGACAAUACGCACAGAGGAGGCCGUACUGAUAUCCUUGUCAGUCUUGAGGCCGAAAAUCAGCGCUGCACAGAGUGGAAGUCCUGCAUGAAGGGGAUGUGAAGGUCCUUGUUGGCCCUCCGCUUCCUCGGUGUCCUAAAAAUGCUGCCGUCAUCAACGUCCAUUGAUUCUUCGUAGCCUGUCCUUGGCAAUUUUGUCGAAAAGAAGAAGCCCCGAUGCCCUUUCUAUGGUUUCCACUGGAACCUGGAACAAAUGGACAAUUUUAUUUGUCCGUUAUAAAUAAAUAAAGAUUCACCCGACUCGCGA